CGUGCGUGUACGCGCGACAUUCGCAAAUAAAUCGGUACCUAUUUGAAAAUUUCCUGGUCGACACGUCGAUGAAAAGGCGUUUUCUCGUUCGAUUUUUCGCGAUUGGUUUUAAUCCGCCGGAACGUUGUGAUUCAUGCGAACGAUGAAUGCGAUGGAAAACGCGAAAUAUUCCAACGAAAAGCCGCACGAAAAGUUGGCGGUACCGAGCAGUAUCGAUUCGUACAAGUGCGACAGUAAAUUGGAGUACGAUGAGAGCGAGAAAAGCGAGUACCAGUUGAAGAAAACCGGGCCUUUUACUAUGAUGAACAAUUUGAAGCACCACCACAGGGGCCAACUAGAUUUCGACAAAACGAUUACACACAAUUAUGGCGAAACCACCUCACCGACGGAACCCUUCGAAGCAUCGAACGCCCUGCUGGCGCCCAAGCCGCUGAAGCGGAAGCGCAUGGAGCGCGGCAUCAACAACAACGGGCCGAUCUCGGCGCCGACCGACUUCGUCCUGAUGCACAACAACAACCACCUGAAGAACGAGCGGCUGAGCCCCGGCACGCCGGACACGUCGAGCCGGUCGCGCAGCGUCACGCCGAGCUCGGCCUCGCACCCCGACACCCCACCCGCCCAGGACAAUCCGCUGCUCGGCCGCAACUGCAGCGACUUCAUGCGCAGCCUCGCCGCCAAGUACAACAACGCCAAUCCCAACGACUACUUCAAUGCAGCGAGGAACGGCUUCCCGCCGCCCAUCGAUCCCAGAUUUAAGCCGGCUUUUUCGAACCUGGUGCCGGUCAAUCAGCAGAACAAGGAGAACCACCAAGGCAACAAGCGGUCCGAGUUCCAGGUGAUCAAUCCGUUUUCCAGCGUUACCGGGGCGGCGGCUAUGUUCCCGCCGCUCAUCGACAUGUCCGCCACGCAGACGCUGCUCGCCAUGGUCAGGACCGCCAAAGAAGUGGAACUACAGGGUUUGUUGAAAAACGUGAAACGUCCGGAUUCGUCCUCCCCGUUGGACUUGUCGGCGGCGGCGGCGCCGCCGUCGAAACGCUCCCAUGCGAAGGCUCCGGCGAGCUGCAGCCCCCCCGUCGCCCAGACGACGACGACGACGCCGCCGAAGCGCUCGCGCAGCGAGAGCCCCAAAUUGCACGAGGACGUGUCCAGCUGGUCGGUGGACGACGUGGGCAAUUUCAUCGCAGGCAUCGACAUUUGCGCCGAAUACGCCCAGACAUUCCGCGAGGAGCGCAUCGAUGGCGCUGGCCUGCCGCUGCUCACCGAAGACCACCUGACCAACACGAUGAACAUGAAGUUGGGGCCGGCGCUGAAGCUGCGCUCGGUGCUGGCGAGGAAGCUCGGCUCCUGCGGCGUGUGCCUGCACUGCAGCCACUGUCACAACGGCUCGUCGACGGGAUCCCCCGAGCCGGCCCACAACGCGUCCGAUUCCGGCGGAUCGUGAGCGGCCCGGCGUUUUCCACGAUGAGAAAGACGGUCUCUGAAUGUUAAUUUAUUUUUUUUUUCUUACAAAAGUGAUGCAAUAAUGUUAGUGAUUUAUGUACGAUAAGACGAGUGUAAAAAUUUGUAAUUAUUUGUUUUUUUUUUGGAGGAAAAGUAUUUUUUUAGGAUGACUUUAUUGGAUGUUCCUUGUAAUAAUACAUCGAUUGUGACUGCUAUAAUUGAGGAAAGCAGGUAGAGGUUUUUAGGACUUUAAAUAAAUAAACUUCUAGCUGUUAUCAUAACUACUUAAUUCGUUAGAGAGUUUCGUUUGAAAAUCCAGUGCGGCUACCUAAAGUUCUUUUAAGGACUAAUUAAACUUGCUCAAUAUUUACAAUACUAGUUUUGAUACUAAAUAUACUUUAGACUUAAUGUAAAAAGUGUACUUAAUUAUAAAAAUAUUUUUUAACAACUUACGCUGUUUCUUGAUUGUAAAACAAAAAAAAAAUGCAAUAAGCGAGAUUUUCUGUACAAAAUAAUCUAUCGAUUAGUUAACAGUGUUUUUUUUUGUAAAUAGUUUUGUUACAUAGAUUUAACUUUUC